AUGUCUUCGGACUCAGAGUCCGAGACCAGGCGGCCCAACGGCGUCACCCCCAUCGCCGGGACGCCGCCCCUUGAGCCCUCGACACCCCCAGAUGCGUCGCAGGUGACGCUACCCUCGACAGAGGCACCGCCGUCACCGACCAUCAUCGAAGCCAGCCAAUCCUUCCAAUCCGACAUCAUCGAUGGCAGCAGCGCCGUCGCCGCGGCAGAGGCAGCAGCAGCAGCCACCACCGUCAUCCCCUCAUCUCUCACCCCGCCGCCGUCGACACAGGUGCAGCAGCAGCAGUCGCACCAGAAUGGCACCACCGUCCACGACGCCCGUCUGUGUCGCCUGUCGCCGUCGCAGGAGUCGAGCUUCGUCUCGCCGCCAGCCACGGUGCACAACAACGUGCGGGACCGUGACCUGCUGUCUGAGUACAGCCCCCCCUCCGCGGCACAGAUGCGCGAGGCUUCGGCGGACCAGUUGCGUGCCAUGCUCACCAAGUGCAUCGACGAGAACAAGAGGCUCAAGAUGGAGACGGCACACCAUCGGCUGCAGUACAACCUGCUGAACCUGCAGGCGACCGAGGACGCGAAGCGGUCCGAGGUCGAGCUCGAGAUGCUGCGCAAGGAGAUCGAUGCCCUGCGCGACGCCGAGCACACCCGCCAGGCCAGGCACGAGCUCAGCAGCUUCGACGAGGCCAUGCAGACAAAGUACCUCGACGCCAAGGCCGACUGCGAGGAGGCCCUCUCUGUCAUCGACGGGCUCGAGCGCCGUCUCAAGAACGCCAAGCGCAUCAUCCAGGACAAGGACGGCGAGGUCGUCCUCCUCAUCGACGAGAGGGCCCGCCUGCUCAACCGCAUCCGAGAGAACAGGGAGCACACUAACAAGCUUCGCAGCCCCGGCGGCAUCUUCCACGCCGCCUCGAGGAACAGCCAGACACAGCACCAGCACCAGCACCAGCACCAGCACGAACCUACGCCCUCCUCUCACAAGCACCAGGCUGAGGCCCAGCCCCGCUCCCUCGCCGAGAACGAGAGCGGCCACGGCCUGUCCACCCUCAUCGAGGCCCUGAGCCAGGACAACAACAGCGAACCGUCCACGCCCGUCGCUUCGUCAUCGGCGACCCGGUUCAACCCCCGAUCAUCCGCCGCCACAGCGGGCCGACGUGCUGCGAGCGCCAAGCGCCACACCCGCAACGCCCAGUCGAUGUCGUCCCUCCCUACGACGCCUAUAUCCCAGCCCCGCGGGCCCCACGCCCUCCUCCUACCCUCCGCCGACCUGGUCCCCCAGACGGAGCCGCCGCAGUGGCAUGACCAGAGGCAGGAACGGCGCGGCGCAAAGCGUCGCGGCAGCCGCGAAAGCACAAUCUCGGCCGAGGCCGGAGACAGCGAAGGGUCAUCAGCCAAGCUGGCAACCAGCCGGCACCGCCACCAGGACCAGGAUACGGACGUGUUUGAUAGCCAGGCCAGUCGGGCCGCCACAGAGCUCCUGCGCCGCCAGAGGAGUCUUGACAUGAAGGAGGCUGCCGACCGUCACGACGGAAGACUCCUUUCCGACCUACGCAGCGACGUCGAUAAGCGCCGGGGCGCGGAUGAUGAUGGUCAGGGAAGUCCGCUGAAAAAGUCGAGGGUGGGUGGUGGGACGCUCGAGCAGAGGCGGCUGGGUCUAGGAAUACAACACGGCCAAUGA